UCUGUCUAUUAAUCUGUGAUUGCGUAUAGUCGGGUAAAAAAAGAGGAAAAGGAUAUAUAUAAGGAGAAAGACAUACAGAAAAAGAAAAAAAUACGAAAAACAAAGAAAGUGCAACUGAAGACCUAUCUAUAGACAUAUAUUUGUUAAAUGAUAAUUUUUACAAAUUAAUUAAUAGAUCGAUUUAUGUGAUUUCAAUGAAGGAUUUAUGUUCGAUAUAAAAUGUCUGUCAACAUAUUGAUAGCAUAGUAUGUAAUUCAUAUUACAAAUCACAUGCAAUAUCUGAAAUAUUUCGCAUUAUGGCAGAGACAAUUAAUAGUGAUAGUAAUGCAUCGAACAUUGAUAACAACAUGACGAAAAAUGUGCUCGAUGAUGUGCUUAUUAAUAAUUUAAAGGAGAUAGUGUCUAUGAAAACAGAAGACAGUAUUUUGCAAGAGGUAUCGGAACAUAUUAAACUUGCUACAAGAUCAAACAAUCAGCAUGCGGAUGGAAUACAAAAUAAUAUAGAACUAAGUGACAAAGAAGAUGGGGAAAUUGAUGACAAGGAUGAGGAGGAUCACAAAGCAAAAUUGCAAAAGCAAGUUGAAACUGGAGAGAUUACUCCAUUCGAAGCAGUAUCUAAACAAUCAAUUUUACAGCAGAAAGAAAGUUCUAGAAAUACCAAUAAGAACUCUCAAUUGUUAGACCUCGAAAAAUACUUCAAGCAGCAAGCUACUCUUGCGGAGCGAAAAAGAAAAUUAAAGAAAGUAUCCAAGACUCCUUGUGACAAAGAUCAUUCAGUGUCAGCUAAGAAAGCAAAAUUAUCUGAUACUGAUGCAAGGACAAAUAAAAAAUAUCAAAAAUCUAAAUCUGAUGAAAAUAACAAAGAUAAUGCAUUACAAAUUAUAGACGAGCCAGCUUGUACAAGCAUAACAAAUAAAACUGUAGACAAUAAUUCUGGAAGCGAAUAUAUUCCUAGUGAUGACGAUUCAGAUGUAGAAGAUAAAGCAUCAUAUAUAUCUAAAAAGAGAAAAACUAAAUCAGGAUAUGUACGCACAAAGAGAACUCGAGACGACGGAGACAAUAAAAUAUUUAAACAAAGGAUGGAAACAAAAAGCUAUCCCAAAGAUGAAGCAAUGCACAAAAUUGAUAAUAUCUUUAAAGUACCACAAUGUAUUUGGGAAAAAUUGUACAGAUACCAAAAGGUUGCGGUUAAAUGGCUCUGGGAAUUACAUGGUCGUAAAUUGGGUGGUUUAAUAGGUGAUGAGAUGGGAUUAGGAAAAACUGUCGAAGUUAUUGCAUUUCUUGCCGGUUUGGAUUGUAGUGAAUUACUCUCUCACAAUGGAAGGUAUAGAGGAUUAGGACCGACUAUAGUUGUAUGUCCUGCUACUUUAAUGGAACAGUGGGUGAAACAUUUUCACGAUUGGUGGCCUCUCUUUAGAGUCGUUGUGCUUCAUCAUUCUGGAGGUUACAAUGGUGAUCCAGAAAGUCUGAUAGAAUCCUUGCAAACUGGCGGAAUACUCGUUACUUCUUACAAUGGGGUUCUCAAACACAAAGAUUUGCUCGUAUCCAGUCAGUGGCAUUAUGUUAUUCUCGAUGAAGGCCACAAGAUUCGUAAUCCACAAGCAAAGGUGAGCCGUGCAGUAAAACGAUUCUCGACACCGCAUCGAUUGCUAUUGAGUGGUAGCCCAAUGCAAAAUUCCCUGAAGGAGCUGUGGUCCUUGUUCGAUUUUAUUUUACCUGGGAAAUUGGGCACUCUGCCUGUAUUCUUGGAACAUUGCGCAGUUCCUAUAACACGUGGUGGUUACGCGAACGCUACACCAUUACAGGAAGCCACGGCUGUCCACGUAGCCACUAUGUUGAAAGACGCCAUCACGCCAUACAUGCUACGAAGAACAAAGAACGACGUAAAGCAUCAUCUCACUUUGCCAGAAAAAAAUGAGCAGGUGUUAUUCUGUAGCUUAACGGAUGAGCAGAAAAAAUUAUAUAAAAAGUAUCUAUGUUCGGAAAAUGUAUCCUUUAUCUUGCAUGAGAAAAAUAAUCAUGAAAGUGGAAAAUAUAGAGCAAGAUUUCUCGUCGCAUUGUCAGAGUUGAGAAAGAUAUGCAAUCAUCCAGACUUGUUUUUGUAUACCAGGGAACUCGAUUCGGAUGACGAUAUCACUUUAUCAGAAGAACAAUUAAAGAAAUUUGGUUACUGGAAACGUGCUGGAAAAAUGAAUGUGGUUCGAUCUCUCUUGAAAAUUUGGCAUAGACAACAACAUAGGGUGUUACUUUUCACUCAGGGAAAACAGAUGAUGCAGAUUUUGGAGUGUCUGUUGCAACGCGAGGGAUAUACCUAUUUGAAAAUGGAUGGGACAACAGCGAUGUCUCAACGACAACAAACGAUUGACACAUUUAAUAAUGAUUCGUCGUAUUUCGUGUUUCUUCUGACCACGCGCGUAGGAGGCCUAGGAGUAAAUUUGACUGGCGCGGAUCGAGUAAUCAUUUAUGAUCCAGAUUGGAAUCCGGCUACGGAUGCUCAAGCGAGGGAACGCGCGUGGAGAAUAGGCCAGAAUAAACAAGUUACUGUUUACAGACUAAUUACUGCUGGUACGAUUGAGGAAAAGAUGUACCACAGACAGAUCUUUAAAUUAUUACUUUCUAACAAAGUUCUUGAUGAGCCACGCCAGCGCAGAUUGUUUAAAACGACAGAUUUGGUAGAAUUAUUUAAUCUAAACGAGCCAAUAGAUGGCAAAUCUUCUGAAUCUGACAAUUUAUUUAGAGAAUCCAAAUUAACGCCUAAAUCUGGCGGUUUUUCACUUAGUAAGAUCGAAGAGAUGAAAAAAUUAGCUUCGGCUAUUAGCAAGAAAAUAAGCGCGAGCAUAAAAUCAACGUGUGACAAAAAUAAAAAUACAAAUGAUAGCACUUGCGAAGAAAAACAACACGAUGAACAAAAUAAUAAUUCGAAACACACCGAGACUCUUGCUACGAAAAACGAUUCGUCUGUGGACCAAACCUCUUGCGAUUCAAUUAGCAUCUCAAAAUCUCCAGCCAGAUAUAAUGAAGAUUCAAAUUUGGCUUCAAAUGCGGAUAUUGAAAGCAUUAGCAAUGUAGAGAAUAAAAAUAUAUUUAUAGAGAAUAAUCAGCAAACUAUACUUACAAUAAAGUCUAUCAAUGAUAAUUCCAUGGAAAAGAAAAAUGAAUCAGUUUUAAAUGACGAUAAAAUUACCGCACAUAAUAUAUCGUCUGUUCGUAAACAUAAGAAACAUAAAAAAAAUUCACAUUCGAGCAAGAAAAAUAUUUCUGCAAUAUUCGAAGGAGAACGUGUUUCUUGUUUAAUAGGUCGUCGCCUAGGGCAUUCAAAUGAAAAAAAAGAGCCAAUUUCAACCACGGACGAUGAUUAUGUGUUGAGAAAAUUAUUCACCAAAUCAACUGUCAGUUCUGCCUUUCAACACGAAACAGUAUUAUCGAAUGCAUAUCGUAACAGCGAUAGUGAGAAUAUGCUACAACGCUUUGCACGUGAAGAAGCACAAAAAAGCAUGAAUGUCAUCCGUGAAUCAGGGCAAUUUUGUUGGAGGCCAGCAUAGAAUAGACAAAAAAUUGUAAUGCCAACUCUGUGUAUUUAUUUUCUCGCUUUUUUCUAUGCACUUGAUUUUGUACGUAUAUGAAUUUUUAUAUUUCUUACAAAAAAAAGGCUGCGAAGAAACUGUAAAUAUAUGAUGACUUAUAAUAAGAUUUAUAAUUUUUUUUCACAA